UCAAUUAUUGCUUUUAAUGCAACAUUGUCUGCAAAUAUUUCUCAUGUUUGUAAAAUUGUAUCUGUGUCUGUAUUUGUGUGUCUGUCUUCAGGUGGGCUGUGGAGUGUUUUCACAUUGGGUGGAGCUGGCAGCAAAGCUGGGAUAGACCAGGAACACAACCCUUUACCUUUGUCCAAUCAGAGCCUUCUGUUACUGCUUGUCCUAGCCAAUCUGACGGAUGGGCCUGACUGGCCCAACCCCUACCGCCAGGCUAUUACUUGUUUCAGAAACACACAAGACACGUCAUCGCUUCCUGUGGAGCAACCUCACACUUUCCAGAUCAAUUUCAACAGUCUGUACACAGCGCUGUGUGAGCAGCAGCGCUCUGACCAGGCCACACUACUACUGUACACCCUCCUUCACCAGAAUGCCAACAUGAGGACAUACAUGCUCUCCAGAACCGACAUGGACAAUCUGGUGUUGCCCAUCCUUGAGAUCCUUUACCACGUGGAGGACAGAAAUUCUCAUCAUGUCUACAUGGCCCUCAUUAUUCUCCUCAUCCUUACAGAGGAUGAUGCCUUCAAUCGCUCCAUCCAUGAGGUGGUAUUGAAGAACAUCUCAUGGUACACAGAGAGAACACUGACAGAGAUCUCACUUGGCAGUUUGCUCAUCCUGGUGGUCAUCCGCACCAUCCAAUUCAACAUGACCCGGACAAGGGAUAAGUACCUGCACACCAACUGUCUGGCUGCACUUGCUAACAUGUCAGGCCAGUUUCGAUGCCUUCACCAGUACGCUGCCCAGCGCAUCAUCAGUUUAUUUGCUUUGCUUUCCAAAAAGCACAACAAGGUUUUGGAGCAGGCGACACAGUCUCUGAGAGGCAGACAGGGAGACAACACAGCCUUGCCCGACUAUGUGAGUAAUCUUUGGGAGUGCCACCCCUGCAGGCAGCAGGUGCUCUGGGGUCCUAAUGACUGUCUGCUUCCAAAUG